AUGUGGACGAAACGAUAUAUGAAUGACGAUAGUACACAAAUGCUUAUUUUUCUUAUUACAUUUCUUUUUUUUAUUAAUAUAACAAAUGGCAUUAGUGAAAACACGACAAAUAUUACAUCAUAUGAGAAUUCAUUAUCAAUUGAAAAACUUCUAAAUCGACAAUAUGAUAAUCGUCAGAUAAAAUUAAAUCAAACAACAAGCGAUCGUCCAUGGAAGAAAUCGAAUUCUAUUGAAACAUUAAAAAAAAUCAUGGCCAGUUAUCGGCAACGUUUGCCGCCGAAUAGUAGAACGUUAGCAUCGGCUAAUAUAACAACUAUUACAAGUACACUACAAAUGACGACAACAACAACAACAACAAUAGAAUUACCGCUUACAUCAGCAUUUCUAGUACGUGUAAAAUCAAAAAUUCUACCAGCCGAUCUUACAACAGAAUCUCCGACAACAUACGUUAAUACAGAUGAAACAAGUACAGAUUUCUUAGAAACGAUUCCAACGUCAACGGAAUCGACUCUUCUAUUAUAUUCAUCUUCAACAUUAAAGAUCAAUACAUCAUCAAACGCAACAAUAUUUGCCAUUAUACUUGCUUGUAGUUUUAGUGGUUUUCUUUUACUUGCCUUCGUUUUUACAUUCCUACUCAGACGACGAAUAAGUAUUGCUUAUUUUAAAUUACCUUGUAUACAUUCGUCAUCGGCAGCAAAGGAUUCUCGUGACAAUACACCAUUGUCUCAUUCACCAAUUCAUGGUAAAUUUACUAUACCAGAAGAAUUUCCAGUAGAACAAUUAUAUGAUAUUUAUAUACAAAAGCAUUCUUUAGAUGAUUUGGCUUUUGCUAUUGAAUUUAAAAGUAUUCCAAGUUUUGAUGAACUACCGUGUACAGCUGCAACGCGAUCAAUUGUUUCCUCGAAAAAUCGUUUUCUUAAUAUUUUACCUAUCGAUGCUACACGAGUUAUUCUUAGUCUAUUGAAUGAUGAUCCAGCUACAGAUUAUAUCAAUGGAAAUUAUAUUUCGGGCUAUAAAACUCCAAAUAAAUUUAUUGCAACACAAGGUCCAAAACCUGAUACAUGUGAAGAUGUAUGGCGUAUGAUAUGGGAACUUAAGAUAAAGUCAGUUGUUAUGUUAACAAAUGUUAUUGAAGGUGCAUCACGAAUGACAAAAUGUCAUCAAUAUUGGCCUGAACUAGGUCAAACAAUUACUUAUGGAUCAUAUUGCAUUACAUGUGUUGAUGUAAUAUCAAUAGGCGAUUAUGAUAAACGCUAUUUUCAGUUGAAUAAAAUGCAUAAAAAUGAUGAAUUACCUUCACCAUCAUCAUCUAUCGAUCCUAUUGAUGAUGCCUUAUCGUUAUCAACAAUAAGUUCGAUGAAUGAUGAUCACCAAUCACAUCUUGUUAUACAAUAUCAUUACAAGCAAUGGAAAGAUAUGGAUGUUCCUACUGAUUCUCAUACAUUACUUCAUUUAAUAAAUGAAGUCAAUGAACUAACAUCACCUGAACAAUAUCCCAUUGUUGUUCAUUGCACAGCCGGAGUUGGUCGUACAGGGACGUAUAUUGCAAUAGAUGCUAUGAUCGAUAAGAUAAAACAAGAAGGAAAAAUUGAUAUUUAUGAUUUUGUAUUACAAAUGCGUCGCGAACGUAAUUUAAUGGUACAAACAGUGAGGCAAUAUGUAUUUAUCUAUCGGUCAUUACUUGAAUAUUGUCUAUACGGAAAUACAAGAAUUGAAGCAAAUAAAUUUCGAUCAGUAUAUUCAAGUUUAAAGAAACCUAAACAAAAUUUAUUAGUUUCAGAAUAUAAUAAAUUAUCCUUAUUACCUGUUGAAAACGUAUCACAACGUGAUGCUUAUUUUGCGGAUAAUAUUGAUAGAAAUCGACAUCCACAAAUAGUACCAUAUGAUCGUAAUCGUGUUUGCUUAAGCCGUAUACUUGGACAUCCGUACAUAAAUGCAUCAUUUGUUGAAGGCUAUUCUUAUCAUUGUUCAUUUAUCAUAACACAAGAUCCAUUAUCAGAAACAAUUCAUGAAUUUUGGCGAAUGUUUAUUGAACAUGAUUCAAAUUGUAUUGUACAAUUGCAUACCAUGGCUGAAUCAUCUCCAAAAUGUCCACUUUAUUAUCCGAAUGAUUACGAUACAACAAUGAAAAUAGGUUCAACAACAUUAUUAAAAUUAAUUCAAAAAGAACUACUGCAUGAGAAAAUGAUCACAAGAGAAUUCUGUUUAACAGAUACACGUGAAGCACUAUCAAAAACAAUUUAUCAUUUCGAAUAUCUUCCUCCUAUAAGUACAAAUGAUGAAUUUGAGAAUGGACAAUGUUUUCCAAGUAUUUUAACAAAUAGUUUAUUUGAUUUUAUUGGUUAUAUUAAUAAAAGACAACAUACAACAAAUCAUGAUCGAUAUAUUACUGUACAUUGCGGAAAUGGGGGCCCAUCUUGUGCCAUAUUUUGCAUGUGUGUUAUGCUAUUGGAUCAAUUGAAAAAUGAACAUGCUGUUGAUAUAUUUCAACGUGUACGUGCCUUACAACGACAACGUGCUGCCAUGAUUACAUCUUUUGCACAAUAUGAAUAUUUCUAUGAAAUGAUAUUAAAAUUUUUGGAAGAAUCUUUUGAUCUUGCCGCAGCAAAAUCUUCUCCGUCAUUAAACAACAGUGUAUAUGAUAAUAAUAUGAUUGAUCAAGAUGAUACUCAUGAUCGUCUUUAA